UCAUUUACAGAAGGGGCGUAUAGGCGCGCGUGGGCAAAACGGACAACACGACGCGUGCGACCGUUUUUUAAAGCGGGCCACAGCGAGCCAGUAACGCGGCUUGUGUGUUUUAUAAAUUCCGCUACGCACUUUUGUAUCUGCGAGGGUUUGAAUCCCGCUACAAGUUGUAAAAGCGGGCGCUGCUAUCUGGGGCGCAGCAGGCGGCUGCAGACACCACAUAGGACGCCGUGUGAAACCCCGCCCUCAUCUGACCGGUUUGGUUCAAGCCCAAAGCGGGUCGAGGUCCGGUUGGAGAGGUCUGACACGUGUGAACACACGGAAGCCCCGUCCUCAACGGAUCCUAUUGAGCAACUGCACUUUUCUCUUUAAGUUAUUGAACUUUCACAGACUUUGAAGUUGCAAGUCCCAGCGCGGAAACUAAACUUUCCAACCGGGGGGAGGAAAUGCCGCCCAAGGCUGAAGUUGUAGAUUCUACCGCUACGUGCUUCACGCGUAUUCUGCGGGUUGAAACGGCGAGCUUCCUCUUUUUUUUUAACAUGCAGCUGAAGACCCGCCCAAGUAUUCACCAAAUGAAACGGGCACAAUUUCAGCCCACUUCCCCGUGAACUUUUAAAGUUUUUACGCUCCGUGCGCACCAUUUCCCAGACUGCUUCAACAUGAACGAGAGAACAGCUGUGCCGUCGGGAGACGCGGCGCUCGACGCCAAGGGCUACUUGGACACCGGCGCCGGGCUGGUGGCGGAUGACGCGGUGCCGCGCACCGACGAUCCGACCGGGCCGGGCGGCCGCGAGGCGCCGCGACCGACCCGCCUGUACAAGCGCCGCUGGAUGAUCGUCCUCCUCUUCAGCUCCUACUCGCUGUGCAACUCCUUCCAGUGGAUACAGUACGGCAUCAUCAAUAACAUCUUCAUGAAGUUCUACGGCGUGGACGCCUUCACCAUAGACUGGAUGUCUAUGAUCUACAUGCUGACGUACAUCCCCUUCAUCUUCCCGGUGACCUGGCUGCUGGACAAAAAGGGGCUGCGGGUCAUCGCGCUGGUGGCCACCGCGCUCAACUGUGCGGGCACGUGGAUCAAAGUGGCCAGCGUGAAACCCCACCUGUUCCCCGUCACCUUCCUGGGGCAGUUCUGCUGCUCCUGCGCGCAGGUGUUCAUCCUGGGGAUGCCGUCGAGGAUCGCGUCGGUGUGGUUCGGUUCGGAGGAAGUGUCCACCGCUUGCUCCAUCGGGGUCUUCGGGAAUCAGCUGGGUAUUGCCAUCGGGUUCCUUGUGCCGCCCAUCCUGGUGCCCAACGUGGACGACAUGGAGGAGCUGGCGCAUCACAUCAGCAUCAUGUUCUACAUCACAGCCGGAGUGGCUACCUUCCUCUUCAUCCUCGUGGUCAUCGUCUUCCAGGAGCGUCCUAAACUUCCUCCGACUCUGGCCCAGGCGACGGCCCGCAGCAUCCCAGCGGAGGACUACUCCUACACGGCCUCCAUCCUGAGGCUGCUCCGAAACAGACCCUUCAUCCUCCUCAUCAUCACGUACGGUUUAAACGUGGGUUGUUUCUAUGCUGUCGGCACCCUGCUGAACCGCAUGAUCAUCGAGCAUUACCCUGGAGAAGAGGUGAAUGCUGGGAGAAUCGGCCUCACCAUCGUCAUUGCGGGGAUGGUCGGCUCCCUCAUCUGUGGCAUUUGGUUGGACAAAACUAAAACCUACAAGCAGACAACCCUCGCCGUGUACUUCAUGUCUCUGGUGGGGAUGAUCGUCUACGCUUCCACACUCAAUCUGGGACAUCUCUGGGUGGUCUUCAUCACCGCCGGUUCGCUCGGGUUCUUCAUGACCGGUUACCUGCCUUUGGGCUUUGAGUUUGCGGUCGAGCUGACCUACCCAGAGUGUGAGGGAACCUCGUCUGGACUCCUCAACUGCUCCGCGCAGGUGUUUGGCAUCAUUUUCACCAUCUGCCAGGGGAAGAUCAUCGACGGCUUCGGCACGCUGCCGGGAAACAUCUUCCUCUGUGUGUUUCUUCUAAUCGGCGCCAUACUCACAGGCUUCAUUAAGUCCGACCUGCGGAGACAAAAUGCAAACCGCGUGGCCAAAGCAGCAGCGGAGAGGCUGAUGUCGGGACAAGACUACGGAGCCACGGCGCUCGUCUCCCAGCCGGACGCUCCUCCUGCAAAGCACGAUCAAUAAACCUUUCUGCUUCCACGGCAAAACAAAAUCUCCUCAAAUCUUAGCUGCACACGCAAACGCUCACAGGUAAAUCACAUGCACAGCCUUCACCCUCUCCCUGUUGAACCUUCCCUUCUCUCACUCUGUUGCCCUAAAUCACACUUCAAGUCACACAACGGGUGUAACUAUGGAAGCCUUUUCCACUCGGCCUGUUUCAGUUUGGGAUUUUUUUACUUUUUCUAAGCAACUACAUCUGUGUGUAUUUUUCAGUAACGUGUUCUCUUCAUUUUCUUUGUGUACACAAUGUGCUUAGCGAUACCUUUUUAAAGUCUACAAAGAUUGAGCACGUCGGAAGCAAAUAAUGUGCUGUGACGUUGAGCUGAGUCUGUUUUUUAUUUUUUAUGGGCGUCACUUAUUGGUCAAAUUCUCAAGACUCGCCCCCCCCCAAUUAACUUUAACAUCUACAGUGUGUUGAAUCCAUAAAACCGUUGAAUUAACGAGACCUGUUUUGAUUGAUAGCGACCUUCCGACCAUCACGCUGAGAGCCCGGCUGCAGCGCCCAUCAUCAGCGAAGCCAAGUUUUAAAUGCACAGUAACGCAAAGGCCUUGAAAAGGGCCCCAAUCUCCAUCUCGUUGCAGUGUAAUGUAGCACGACAGAAUCCGGAGGUCUUCAGACCACUUCUGAGAAGAGUGGGAUUUACCGUGUCGUAACUUUUUAUAAAUGAAAAAAAUUAUGUUAAAGCUCAUUUCAAUCUGAUAAUGCACAAUUUUGAUGUAUGUAUAAAUUCAAUAUAUCUAUAAAAUGUCAUUGUAAAUUGAGAUUUUCUAAUAUAUGUGAAACAUUUGUACC